UAUGAAUUUAAAUAUGAUUAUUAACGAACCGAAUACUUGUCGAAUCAUUCGAGCACGAGCCUAUUAACGAGCAUCACCUAAAAUUUCAAAAUCGAGCACAUAUAUCGAGCUUAUCGAGCGCUCGAUUCAAACAUCGAACGUCUAUCGAACCGAACACGAGCUUCAUUUGUAAAGCUCGCCGAGCUUCGAGCUCGAACCCGAACACCCCUAAUUCCUUAUCGAGCCAAACUCGAGCUUUGGGUGUUCGGGCUCGGUUCGACUCCUUAACAGCCCUACAUGAGGGCAAUGUUGAUUUCUUAGUUAUGGAAAUACAAACAAGUGGGAGAUCAGUUCUAAUUUGUGCUCAAAACAAAAACGCAAAAAAAAAAAAAUGGAACCAACGUUUACAUUUAUUUCCUCCUCGGCAUGACUACAAAGUACAAACAGUAGCUUGUAACACUCAAACCAUUUCACCGGCCUGAAAUGUAUUGCAUUAUUUCUGAGUCGGACUCAACACUCGCCAUUGUUUCCGGCGCAAGCACUGCUUCCAAAUCAAUACCGCCGCCGCCGCCCUGCCCUGGAAAAGCCGAAAUCUUGCCGUCAAACUUAUUGGCCCGCCCGCUCCGGACCGCAACGGGUCUGCCCCACCCGAAAUCGCUGUCGUACAUCGGGAAUCUAGGCGAGCUAACAAUCGUGAUCGUUGCCCCGUCGGGAUUCCCCAUAGGGUAAAGCUGCGGGUCCCUCUCCCAAUCGGCUACGCGCUUCCUCACCGCAGCAUUACCGUAGGCCUUCACAUUCCGAUUCAACUGCUCGGCGCACCACCGGGGAUCGUGCGACAAUACGUCGCCGGCGGUCGCGGGCGUCGGGAUGACCUGUAUGGCGUUUCCGAAAUACAAAGGGUCCAGGUUCGGCUCUAAACGGUGACGGCAAUUCACAGCCAUGCGAAACGUCGUCGUUUUGGAAGCUGGAAGUUUCCUCCCGCGAGUCACGGCACGCCAUAGCAGUGCACAGAUCGCCUGAAACGAUGAAAUCUCCGCCGUCACCGUUCCGUCCGCUUCAAUUUCCCGUUUCGUAUCAUUAAGAGAUGCUUUUAAUUUCAAAAUUGAUUCUCGACUGAAGGUGAAUAUCCGCUCCCUCACCGGAGCGUCAAGGUUUGAGGGCGCCUGAGGUCCACCGGCGGGGAGAUUCAGUACCGCCGGCGAGAUGAAUACAGAGUCCCGGCUGAAAUCCGGCCUCCGCGUGAUCCUCUCGACGCCUCCAGUGACCUCCGCAAACGUGUUUAUGAAAUGCCACAAGGAGGUGCCGUCCGUGGCGGCGUGAUUGACUGCGAAUCCGAUGAAGACCCCGUCGGCGAGCUCUGUCACCUGGACGGCGAGAAGAGGGUGAAAAUGGCCCUGAUAGCAAAGCGUCCGGUCAAACGCGAAGAACUCCCUCACCACUUCCGGGACGUAGGGGGAGCGAGCAAUAUCGCUAACGCAAAAGUCAGUGUUGGCGGCGUGGAUGAAGAGGGCUCCGGCGUCGUUGCAGGUGAUGUAAACGUACCCGUCGGAAUCUGUGAUGAACCGGCCGGCGAGCGGAGGGAAGUGAGUCAAGGUAUGGGAAAGGGUUGAUUUGAGCGAGGAGAUGAAAUCAGGGAGGGGGAAUGGGGGGCGAGUGAAAAGGCAGCCCUUUUGAAUGUAAUGAGUGGAAAGCAUGGGGAGAUCGGAGACGGAAAGCUUCAAGGGCGGGAGAGAGGAACUUUUGGCCGGGAAUACUGUGCAUUUGGAGACGGUGGUUGUAGUCGACAUGGCGGCGGCCAAUAUUGUUGGGUCAAUUCUGAGAUUAUAAAAUGCGAAGCCCGAAGGGAAGGGUAGGAGUAUGGAAGGC